AUGGGCAAGUCGGGGGCCAAGAAGGUGCGCAAGUUCGGUGCGGUCAAGCGUAUGAUCGCGCCGACGGACAUGCGCCUCAAGGCCAACCAAGAGAAGGCCGUCAAGGACCAGGAGAAGAAGAAGGAGAAGGAGGUCAACCAUGUGUGAGUGGUAACUCGUGCCUCGAGUCGUCGAGACCAACCUGGGUCGUCAUUCUCGCCCGACCUGAGCAAGGAGUCCAAGCUGACGGCUGGGCUCUACCACCGUGUGACCAUCAUCUACAGCGCACCUCUACCCACUUCAUUAUUCUUGUCGCACAACGAGGCCCUCGUCCCACCCUACCGAGUCUUGGUCGAUACCAAUUUCAUCAAUUUGUCGUUAGAGAACCGCAUCGACCUCGUCAAGGCGAUGAUGGACACCCUCUACGCCAAAGCAAUUCCUUGCAUCUCGGAUUGCGUACUUGCGGAGUUGGAGAAACUGGGACAGCAAUACCGCUUGGCAUUACGGUCAGUUCCAUGAACUACCCUAGGCCUCGGAACGAAGCGAUGACAGCGCUGACGAUCGGCAAAGCCUUGCUCCUAAUCCACGGUCCUCCCCCUCGCAGAGUCGCCCGAGACCCUCGCUUCGAACGAUUACCCUGCUCGCACAAGGGGACCUAUGCCGAUGACUGCAUUGUGAACCGAGUCACUUCGCACCGUUGCUACAUCGUCGCGACGUGUGAUCGAGCUUUGCGCAGGCGGAUACGCAAGAUCCCUGGUGUUCCGGUGCGGUUUGGCCUCGCUCCAGGAGUUUUGAUUCCAUCGUAUUUGAAUCUGACCCCGAAUACUGUUCUCUUGACAGUUGAUGUACAUUGCCAAGAAGCGAUACGCGAUCGAAAGGCUACCCGAUCAGGCGCUCGGUUGA